UUCCACACCAACAGAGAGCAGCAGAGUGUUUGACAAGCCCUGUUUAAAACAGUGAGCGCCUCCAUCAUCCUCGUUGACGAUACACGGCUCAGGCAUGGCCACCUCCAGCCUCAAUUCUGUCAGGGUUAGAUUGUACUUCGACUAUCCUCCUCCCGCGACACCUGAGUGUCGGAUGUGUUGGUUGCUGGUGGACUUAAACAAAUGCCGAGUUGUCGCAGAUCUUUCCAGCAUCAUAAAGGAAAAGUUUGGCUACAGCCGCAGGACUGUUUUAGACUUGUUCAUUGAGGACUGCUACCUGCCUUCCACAGAAAGUAUUUAUAUAGUACGUGAUAAUGAUAGCGUAAGGGUGAAGGCUUCCAGUGCUGUUUAUAUUAAUGGAGCAGAGGUUUGCCAAAACUCUGACGCGCAAAACCCAAAGACCAAGAAAAGAGGGAGAGAUGAUGAGACGCAGAUCUGUGAAGGUCUAAGUAAAAAAAAGAAACCCGAAGAUGUGCAGAUCAAUGGCUCGGCACCAGCUGAGGAGGCCAAGAAGAAGAAGAAAAAGAAAAAGAAAGAGUCUGCCACCCCUCAAAAAACCAUUGAAACCCCAUCUCCUACUAAAAACAAAAGAAAAAGCAUUUCUGCUGUCCCUACCAGUGACAAAACAACUCGUGCAAAGAUUCGCCAACCGAUGUCAAGUUCUUCAGACAGCAGUGAGGAUGAGUCUCACGUUAAGGCUCUUCCACUGAAACCCAAACAGAAUGGCGCCGCCAAAAAGCCACAGAGAGUAAGAUCACCUCCGGAUGACACAGCGAAACCCAACAGCAGCGCUCCUGUACAGCCGCUUCUGGUUACACCUAAACUGUCUAGCAAAACCUCAAAACUUCCACUGCAGACCCCAACACGCAGAGAGAGCUCCACAGAUUCGUCUUCCUCUUCCUCUUCGUCAUCGCUCAGCCAAGCCAGAACUACAGCUAAGAAAUCGCAAGAAGCAGCUCAGCCCUCCUCAGCUAAAGUUCAGGCUGUCUCGUCUUCUGUGUCCAAAAAGCCCGGGGAUAACACCGGGAGCUCAGACUCUGAGGACAGUGAGAUAGAGCUUGUGAUUAAGAAACCUAACCUGCACGGGAUGGGAUUGAAAAUCGCUGGUUUGAGCCCCGGUGUUAGUGAAGCAACCGGCAGGGACCGAGGAAACACGAGAGGUCAGGAGAGAGGCAGAGGCCGGGGGGCCAACCGAGGCAGUGGCAGGGGAGGUUUUGGUAGGGCCAAGGGAACACCGUGGAAACAAGACUUUCACUACAACUAUGACAAUGGUGAACGGCAGAAACAGAACGAUUCUCUGACUAAUGAAAGUUUUAUUCUGCAGAAUCCACCUGAAAUAGCUCCCAGACGGGACUAUGCAGCUUUACCCUUGCUGGCAGCUCCCCCGGCAGUGGGCCAAAAAAUGGCCUUUAAGCUUUUGGAGCUGACUGAGAACUACACACCGGAGGUGUCUGAUUAUAAAGAAGGGAAGAUUAUUGCAUUCAAUCCUCAAACAAAAGUGAUGGAGCUUGAACUUCUUUCUCAACCUCAAGCUCCAGCUGAACCUGGCAAGUUUGACCUGGUAUAUGAGAACCCUGAUGGAUCUGAGAGAGUAGAGUAUGCUGUCACACAUGGAUCACAGCUGACUGAGCGUUGGGAUUCUCUUUUGGAGCCCCGGCUCAUUGUGGAGAAUGUUGGAUGAUGGUCAUACAAAACAUGUCAUCUGAGCCAGACCUUCAUGGACAACCUUUUUUUUUUUUUUUUUUUUUAACGCUGUUUGUUGAAACAGCCGAUUUCCAUAUCGUAUUAACUUUUAAUUUUAUUCUCAAUGUCAGUCAAAUAAAUAUAGUUUGUUUUUUUUAUUUGGGAGUAGAGGUGAUUGAUUUAUUAUUAGAGUGUGUUCGUACAGCGAGUGCAAAUAGCCAACAGUGUUGGCCUAGGCUGUUUUUACUUGCUAUAGAGAGAGAGGUUUAGGUUUUAGUAUGAUUCGCAUAAUUCCUUUUUAAUCAUUGUGUGAGUUUCAACUUUCACAAUUUGCAUUUAGUGUAAACUAGUUUCUACUUGUUGCUUUUGAGAAGGACAUUUUAGUGUUAAUUCAAUAG